UGGCUGUGCAGUCUGCUUGCUCCAUAGUUGUUUCAGAGGGGCUGGCAAAAGCGGCCCAGCAGGCUUGCCUGGGAGCCAUGGCAAAGAAUGGACUUGUAAUCUGCAUCCUGGUGAUCACCUUACUCCUGGAUCAGACCACCAGCUACACAUCCAAAUUAAAAGCCAGGAAGCACAGCAAACGCCGAGUGAAAGAAAAGGAAGGAGAUCUGAAGACUCAAGUUGAAAAACUCUGGAGAGAAGUCAAUGCCCUGAAGGAAAUGCAAGCCCUGCAGACAGUCUGUCUCCGAGGCACAAAAGUUCACAGGAAAUGCUACCUUGCUUCAGAAGGCUUGAAGCAUUUCCAUGAGGCCAAUGAAGACUGCAUUUCCAAGGGAGGGAUCCUGGCUAUCCCCAGGAAUUCUGAUGAGAUCAAUGCCCUCCGAGACUAUGGUAAAAGGAGCCUGCCAGGUGUCAAUGACUUUUGGCUGGGCAUCAAUGACAUGGUCACAGAAGGCAAGUUUGUUGAUGUCAAUGGAGUCGCCAUCUCCUUUCUCAACUGGGAUCGUGCCCAGCCUAAUGGUGGCAAGCGGGAAAAUUGUGUCCUGCUGUCCCAAUCAGCUCAGGGCAAGUGGAGUGACGAGAUCUGUCGCAGCAGCAAGAGGUACAUAUGCGAGUUUACUAUCCCUUAACAGACCUUUCUCAAAUGUGUCUUCCAAGCAAGAUCAGUCAUGAUUUCUAGGUUGAUGGUCUUCAAGAAUAAGUCAAAAUUAUAAUAAUCAGUUGCAAAAUUA